AUGGCGUCGAUCGGUGUGCCUCGAUUGGACCGGGAAGACUCUCGGGAGCUAUAUGCGGGGACUCCCGCUGCCUCUGCCGCAACGCCCCUCAAGGUCAUCAGCUAUGCCCAGACUCCAGACGGCUUCACAAGCGCAGCCCGAGGUUGGAACAGCUUCGCUCUUCAGGCCAACCCCAACGCAGCGCCCAGCUUCACGUUCGACCAGUCACAUGUCUUGACGCAAUGCAGCGUGUUGGCUUCAGGUGCCUUUAAGGGCAACUACGACUACUGCAGUCUCGACUCUGGCUGGUCGGUGGGAGACCACGGUGAUGAUAAUGGCCGGAUCAUCUAUGAUACAAGCCUGUUCGACAUCCCAUCGCUGGCCAGCUCUCUUCACGAUCAAGGGCUCAAGCUGGGCGUGUAUGUUGUUCCUGGAGCCUUCAUCAGUGAUGCAAACAAGACCAUCCUUGGAACCCAGACCACCAUCGGGGAGGUUUGCACAGGUAACGAGGGCCUACUUCGCUGUGUCUUCGAUUACACGAGGCCGGAAACCCAGCAGUGGCACGACUCGGUCGCGGCCCAGUUCGCCUCUUGGGGCGUCGACUUUGUCAAGCUUGACUUCGUCACUCCUGGUUCGCCAGACAAUGGCCAGAGCCUCCCAGCAGACCAGAGCGGCUCAGUCGUCGCCUGGCACAACGCCAUCAAGAACAGCGGCCGCCAGAUGCGCCUCGACAUCUCCUGGAAGCUGGACCGCACUCAGAAGUACUUUGACAUCUGGAGCGAGAACGCCGAUUCCAUGCGGACAGACCAGGAUCUUAACAACUCCGGCUCAAACGUCCUCGUCGCCUGGGGCACUGUCCAGCGCGCCAUCGAGAAUUACCGCCAGUGGAUCGUUGCCGGCCUGCAGUUCUACGACCAGCUCACCAUCUACCCCGACCUUGACAACUUGGUGUCCGGCAACCCGGAGAGCAUCUCCGGCCUUAGCGAUGGUCAGCGCACGACAGUUACCACGCUUUGGAUCGGAGCGGGAGCGAACCUCAUUCUUGGCAACGACAUGACCACGCUGGAUGACUUUGGCACAAACCUUCUCACCAACCCCGACGCCCUGCAAGUGGCCGCCUUUACCGCCCAAUAUCCCAUCCAACCUCGCAACCCCGGCUCAGGCGGCCAAGCAGCGACCCAGCUCCAGGCCUGGAUUGCAGGUCCCUCGCCCUCCGGCGAGGCGGUCGUCGUGCUCGUAAAUCUCGGCCCAGACAACGGCAACGGUGGUUUCGGAACGCAAACGAGCGGCGUCCAGACGGUGUCUGCAACCUGGCAGGAUCUGGGCCUCUCAGGCUCGUACAACGUGCAGGACAUUUGGAACAACCAGAGCUUGGGCGUUGUCAGCGACCAGGUUUCUGCUCAGCUUAACGAGGGCGACAGUGUGCUGCUGCAUCUGACGAAGGCAUAG